AUGGACACUGCGGUAGAUAUCAGUGGAUGCGCUGAUAAGGAUGUGGUGAAGUUUGUAUCUCAGUCGUUCAAAGGUGAGGCAUUAGCUUGGUGGAGGUCUUUAAUCCAAGCUAUAGGUAAAAUCCCAUUGUACAAUAUGUCUUGGGAACAGUUUGUGUCAUUAAUCAAUGAGAACUACUGCCCUCAGCAUGAAGCUGAUUUCUUGUCUCUGGUUAUGAAAAACCUAGACUGUCAGGCCUACCUGACGAGUUUCAACACGAUGUCAAGGCAGAGAUUGCUGAGAAACACAGAUGCUGAAAAGAGGAAACAUGAGGAUAACUACUCAAGACGCUCAAACAAAAAGCAUAAGGGAAACAAUGACCAUAAAAAGAGCUCUUUAAACAAGAAAGAUGAUCAACACGCGGGUGACAAGCCCAAGUGCAAAGUCUGUAAGAAGCACCAUUUUGGGAGGUGUAGGUAUGAGUCAAAAUCCCAGUCACAGCCAAGGGCAUGUGGGAUUUGCAAAUCUUCUGAGCACAAGACUCUCGAUUGCAAGAAGAUAAAAGAUGCAAUGUGCUACAAUUGCAACGAGAAGAGGCACAUUAAGUCUUAUUGCCCAAAGUUCGCGAAGAAAUCUGAGGAAGGAAAAAAGACCAAUGCUAGGGUCUUCCAGAUGAACGCACAGGAGGCUAUCCAGAGCGAUAAUGUCAUAACAGGUACCUUCCUUAUUAAUGAUGCUUAUAUAAGAGUGUUGUUUAAACCUACCUGUUAG